AUGGCACGCUUUGCCUUCGUGCUAGCAUGUGCUUUAGCUCUAUUGGCUUCCUCAGUAGCCUCUGGUGCAAUUGUUGAGCAUUCUUUUAAUGUGAACAAUCUGACUGUAACUCGACUGUGCAAGGAGCAAUCGAUAACUGUAGUAAAUGGGUGCUAUCCCGGCCCAACAAUCAGAGUACGCGAAGGCGACACACUUGUCGUCCAUGUUUUUAACCAGUCACCCUAUAACAUUACUAUUCACUGGGGCGGAGCCACACUGGGACCAGUGUGGUCUCAGGCCCCCACUCAAGUUUUUUUAUAUUUUAAAAGCACAAGAAGGCAUGGAAUCUUUCAGCUUCUGAGCGCAUGGGCUGAUGGACCAGCAUAUGUAACCCAAUGCCCUAUACUUCCUAGACACAAGUAUACUUACAGAUUCAACAUUACAGGACAAGAAGGAACCCUCUGGUGGCAUGCUCAUGUUUCUUGGCUCCGGGCAACCGUCCAUGGUGCCCUCAUUAUCCACCCGAAAGCUGGUCGAUCCUUCCCCUUCCCCAAGCCCUAUAAGGAAAUUCCCAUCAUCUUGGGAGAGUGGUGGAAUGGCAAUGUUGUUGACAUUGAGAACGAAGGCCUAGCUACUGGAAUUGCUCCUAACAUUUCUAAUGCUUACUCCAUCAAUGGCCUACCCGGCGAUCUUUACGACUGCUCUCAAAAUCAGACAUACCAGGUGAAGGUGGUGAAAGGAAAGACCUACCUGCUACGCAUCAUCAACGCUGCGCUCAAUAACCAGCUCUUCUACAAGAUAGCCAAUCACAACAUGACAGUUGUCGCAACCGAGGCCGCCUACACAACUCCUUACAUCACGGAUGUCGUGGUCGUCGCGCCCGGUCAAACCACCGACGUUCUCAUCACCGCAAAUCAACAGACAGGAUCUUACUACAUGGCCGCCACUCCGUACAUGAGCGCGAACAUAAACUUUGAUAACACCACCACAAGAGGCAUCAUCGUCUACGAGAACUCCACGUCAUCAUCACCGAUCAUGCCGGCCCUACCCAAUCCCGGUGACACGCCAACGGCCCACAAGUUCAACACCAAUAUCACUGGACUCGCAGGCGGGCCCCAGUGGGUCCCGGUCCCCACCAACGUGGACGAGCACAUGUUCGUGACUGUUGGAGUGAAUCUGGAGCUGUGUCCCGUAAAUGCCACGUGUCAAGGUCCACUCAAUAACCGAUUGUCUGCGAGCAUGAACAACGAGUCGUUCCAGGUACCCACCAAUCUGUCUAUGAUGCAAGCACAGUUUUACAAUGUGAGCGGGAUCUACACCACUGAUUUCCCCGACCAGCCAGCGGUCAAGUUUGACUACACGGACUCGAACAUCAGCUUCGACCUAUCGCUGAUCUACGCGCCAAAAUCGACCAAAGUCAAAAUGUUGAGGUUCAAUUCGACCGUGGAGAUUGUGCUUCAGAACACGGCGUUUUUGGCGAUCGAGAACCAUCCGAUACAUCUCCACGGUUUCAAUUUCCACGUGUUGGCUCAAGGGUUUGGAAAUUACGACCCAGUCAACGAUCCCAAAAAGUUUAAUCUCGUUAACCCACAAAUACGUAACACAAUUGGUGUGCCGAUUGGAGGAUGGGCCGUGAUAAGAUUUACAGCAAAUAAUCCAGGUAUGUGGUUUAUGCACUGUCAUUUGGACGUGCAUUUUCCAUGGGGUCUGGGGAUGGUUUUUGAGGUUGAAAAUGGACCCGCCCCAUGGGUUUUGCCUCCACCACCGGCGGAUCUACCCCAAUGUUAG